AUGCAAAGACAUCUACAUAGACAUGAUGUUAUAAUUCAAGGAAUUGUAGCAAAGAUGAGCAGCAUACCCUUGGUGGCCGGCGACCACACCCACGAUGGCAAACACCAUGUCCUCCUUGCAGCAACAGGCUCAGUGGCAACCAUCAAGAUCCCCAACGUCGUAGAAGCGUUGUCCAAACACGAUGACCUCUCAAUUCGAAUCCUGCUCACAACAUCAGCAGCCGAGUUUCUCAAAGGCCAGUCAGCAGAACAGCCAGCCCUCAAGCAGAUCUCUUCGAUGAAGAAUGUAGAUGGCAUCUACAGCGACGAAGACGAAUGGCACAAACCCUGGGUCCGUGGAGACAGUAUCCUACAUAUCGAGCUCAGACGUUGGGCAGAUCUGAUGGUUAUCGCGCCUUUGUCUGCCAACAGUUUGGCCAAAGUCGCCUUGGGGAUGUCAGAUAACCUCAUUACUUCAGUUGUACGAGCCUGGGAUACCACUGGCCUGAUUGACGUAGCUCGACCUAAUGUUCCUUUGCCAUACAAUGGCAAAAAGGGAAUCAUAGUUGCUCCAGCCAUGAACACGGCUAUGUGGCACCAUCCCAUUACAGCCGAGCAUCUGCGCCGGCUGGAGGGUGACUGGGCGGUCAGGAGUGGUGGAUGGUUUGAGGUUCUGAGGCCCAUGGAGAAGGAGCUAGCUUGUGGCGAUACUGGGUCUGGUGCUAUGCACGACUGGAAAGCUAUCGUUGGUGUUAUUGAGGAGCGGCUUCAGCUUGGCAAUAGAGCAGUUUUGGAGAAUGGAGUGAAAGGAUGA